ACGACAGCUAUCCAAAACGGCGAAAACUUUGCAUACUGACUGCCCGUCGAAGUGAAAGAAACAAAGAUGGGAAAGAAAGCGAAGAAAGAAGCAGAGCCCCCCUGUAAAGAUGUGUUUGACCCUCUGGCCAUUGAGAGCAAGAAGCCAGCCACUGCUGUUCUGAUGCUCAGUUCCUCUGAGGAAGACGUCUUGGCCAAAGCCUGUGAAGCUAUUUAUAAAUACGCAGACAAGGGUGAGGAGAAUAAGGGCACUCUGGUGGACCUUGGAGCAGUGGAGCCCUUGUCCCGGCUUAUAUCCCACGAGGACCAGCUGGUGUGCAGGAAUGCCCUCAUGGCCUUAGGAGUCAUGUCUGCCAACAACGAUGUAAAAAGACUCUUGAAAAAACUGGACGUCAUUCCAUCAGUUAUUGGCAAACUGUCACCUGAAAACGAUGUUGUGGUGCAUGAAUUUGCCACCCUGUGCUUGGCAUCCUUGUCCCUUGAAUUCACCUGCAAGGUCAAGAUCUUUGAAAGUGAUGGACUAGAUCCUCUGAUCCAGCUCCUGUUCAGCCCAGACCCAGAUGUGAAGAAGAAUUCACUGGAGUGUGCUUACAACCUUGUACAGGAUUUCCCCAGCAGGGUGGCGCUGUGUGAGCUGAAUGGCAUGCCGCCCUUGCUGGACCUGCUGGGCUCGGAGUUCCCAGUCAUCCAGCAGCUGGCCCUGCGCACACUGGAGAGCGUUACCACGGAGGCGGGGGCGCGCGUGGCCUUCCGGGAGGAGCGAGGCUUAGACAGGCUGCUGGAGCUGCUGGCAAAUAAAGAGUUCAGCGACCUGCACAUGGAGGCCCUGCAGGUGAUUUCUAACUGCCUUCAGGACAGCGAAUCCAUGCUGCUUAUCCGGCAGUCCGGAGGACUGGAGAAGCUGCUGCAGUUUGUAGUCACGGCUGCCCCGCCCGACGUGCAGAUGAACGCAGCCAAGGCCAUCUCCAGAGCAGCACAGAAUAGUGAGAACAGGAAAGUCCUACAUGAGCAUGAUGUGGGGAGGGCCCUGAUAAACCUGCUGGCCACAGACCAUGAUGGUGUGCGUACUGCCACCUGCCAGGCAGUGGCAAUAAUGAGCGAAAACCUUGCCUGCAGGGACAGCUUCCGGAAUUUGGAGGGGAUUGGCGUCAUUGUCCCGCUGCUGGGCUGCGAAUGUGUGGAGGUGAGGGAGGCCGCGGCCCUGGCCCUGUCCAGCCUCACUAGCGGCAGCCAGCUCAAUGCCUGCACGGUGCACGAGGUGGAGGGAGACGAGCUCCUGGUGCAGCAGCUGCGGGAAGGUCACCCUGGGGUGGUGGUGCACGCGGCAGCCGUCCUCACCAACAUGGCCGCCCAAGAGGCCCUGCGCUGCAGCAUCGUGGCGCACGGGGGCAUGCGGGUGCUGGCCGGACUGCUGCAGGCCGCCGACGCCCGCGUGCCCGCCAGCGCCGCCCUGGCGGUUGCUGCUCUCGCCUGUGACGCUGAUGGCAGGGCUGAUCUGAGGAGCGCUGGAGGACUGCCCCCCUUGAUCAAGCUGCUGAGCUCCAGAAAUGCCGAGGUCUGCUGCAAUGCAUGCUGGGCCAUUCAUGUGUGUGCCAGUGAUGAGCCUACGGCAACAGAAAUAUGCAGGCUGGGAGCUCUGGAAAUCCUGAAGGAGAUCAACUCCUCUGUGAACCGGCGGAACAAAUUCAGUGAAGCAGCCUUCCAGCGACUGCUGGACAGCAACCUCUCGGUGAAGUACAGCCUGACCGGACACCUGUCCUCCACCAACAUAACAGUGGAUGGAUUUUACGACCCGGGACAGGUGCAGAAGGGUGAACGGGUUCUCACCCUGGAGGAGCUGUCCAAGCAGGCCGUGAACCAGCGUCGCCCUGUCAUCAUGGUUAAUGGAAAACCACGCCAGGUAGUAUCUGAGGAACCGGCAGAGGAUAAGCAGCAGGACAGCUCCAGUGCAAUCCGCUCCUCGUCUGUCCUGAGCAAGAACAGUGGGAAAGCCCAGAGCAGAGCGAAGGGGAAGGGUCGGAGGGAGGACGACAAACAGAAGGAGGGGGACGAGAGCAAGGCGCAGCAGGAGACGCCAGAGAAGCCCUGGGCCCUGCCGUACGACGCAGCCUUUCAUGACCUGGUGACUGAAGCAGCCAGGUCUGUCCUGCCUCUUCAGGACCAGAAGGAGCAGUACAUUGCUCUGGCAAAGCUGGUGAGUGACACCAUGGGUGGGCCUGUGGAUCGGGACAAGCUGCACUAUUUCCUGUGGGAGCUGCACCUGAGUGAACUGAAGAUAGAACUCCAGUCCAACAUAAUUCCCAUCGGCAGGAUCAAGAAGGGUACCUUCUACCACAGAGCCCUUCUUUUCAAGGUGCUGGCAGACAGGAUUGGGGUGAGCUGCAGCUUGGUUCGCGGAGACUACAACCGUGCCUGGAACAAAGUCCGGCUCGUGGAGGGGCCCCCAAAGGCCCCAGGACACCUUCCCCACCCCCUAACCUACAUAGUGGACCUCAUGCACACCCCGGGGCACCUUUUAAAAAUUGAUUCCCCCGCAGCCAUCCAGUAUCAGUCUAUUUGA